UGUCUUAUAAACAGGAUUAUUAUAUUCUCAUACCAUGACAUCAUAUUGAAGUGGUUUUUGGUAUGCCAUGGAGAACAUUCACUCACAAAAAGUCAAUUAUACUACUAGAUGUGCACCAUCAAAGUUUUAUAAUUUUAUCAAGAAGGUGAAUCUGAAGGAUGAACAUAUUAAAGUGCUAGAAGAUACUCCAUUUAAAGGAUUUAUGCAUUUUCCCAAGUUUCUAGUUCAACGCACAUUUCUAAAUACUAUUCUUACUAGAUGGGAUGACGAACAUAAUUGUUUCCUCCUCGGAGGAAAGAGGAUCUUUUUUAAACCCCAAGACAUUGCCAUCAUAUUGGGAUUGAGUAUGAAUGGAGAACAUAUAGAUUUGAGAAGGGAAUUGAGUGCAAGUGAGAAAGAACUAAAGAAAAAAUAUUUUGCAAAUGUUCUUCUCAAGAGAGAGUUAAUAGAGGAGAAUAUUAAGAAUUUGUUGGAAGAAAGUUCGGAAGAAUCUAUAUCUGAUUUUGCGAAAUUGUUCAUCUUGUAUUUAUUCAAUACAAUUCUUUUUCCAAUCGCCAGCGAGACAACUCCUAUAUUUUUGUUACACUAUGUGAAUGAGUUGGAAAAUUUGCAUAGUUAUGCAUGGGCCACUGCCAUUUGGACAUUUUUGGUUAGGAGUAUUUCUGAAAGCGUGAGGAAGAAGAAAAAGUACGUGAAUGGAUGUGUCAUGGUUUUGGAACCAUGGUUACACGAGCAUAUUAUUCUUCCGUCAUGGUUAUCAACGAAGAUGGUGUAUCCACGUAUUUUAAGAUGGGUCGAUAGCAGUUAUCGACAGACGGGCACGCAUAAAAAAUUUUUAGACAAUCUUAUCUGCACACAGAUUAUUGAAGAUAUAACCCCUACAAAUGAGGAGAGUCACCUUUUACCUCUCACUGAGACAUCAAAUUCAAUCAAAGAGAUACGUCAGUGGUUAGAACCAUACCUCGUGAAGAUUGAAGAGAAAAUAGUAAAUAUUCCUCAUAUAAUGAUUAUUUUGUUUAUAACAUAGAUUCUUGGUAAUAUAAAUGAUCUCACACUUGAUCAUAUAAGUAAUGGUUGUGAUAUUCAUAUAGGACGCCUCAAGUUCGAAUAGAGAAAUACGUCAAUGGUUGGAACCCAUACUUCUGAAGAUUGAUGAGAAAAUUGUGACUUCAAAUACAAAUAAAGAAAUUCGUCAGUGGUUGGAACCUAUACUUGUGAGGAUGGAAGAGAAAAUCGGAGGAUUCUUGUGGACCACUUUAUGUCCUUCGAAGUUCAUUAAACUUAUUGAUUGAUCCUAGAGGAUGGCUUGAUGAUGAGGUUAUAGACAAGUAUAGUGAAUUGCUGAAGACUCGACAAAAUAGAGAUAGACCGGAUUUAUUAAAAUGUCAUUUUUUUAAUACCUGGUUUCAUGUUACAAGUGUAAAGAAAUAUUUUUCAAUACAUGGUAUACCCGAUUGCGAUACUUUUCAACUCAUUAUGGAUAAUGAAUGCCCUCAACAAAAAAAUUCGUAUGAUUGCGGUCUUUUCGUGAUAAAAUUUAUGGAUUGCUUGUCCCAAGGAGAUAGAUUUUAUUUUAAUUCGGGAGAUAUGCAAUUUGAACGAAAAAAGAUAGCUGCACAACUUUUGCUUGGCAAGAUAAGUCCAUAGAAAUAAGGUGCACAUGAGUUGGAGAUGGCUAGUGUGGCUAAGGAUGAUACUGAUUACUAGAAUAUGAUUUUCUUCUCUUUUCGAGUGGGGUCUUUGUGUGGAUUUUUCUAGGGAAGAUAUUACAAGCUAAAGAGAUCGUGAUUGUUUAUCUCUCGUGAUUAUGUUCCAUAGCCCUUGUUGUUUCUUUUUGCCCUCAUGCUCUAAAACUGGUUUUUGGAAGAAGUUCAUAUGAAGAAGAGGUCGAGGGGCCUCAAUGCCUAUUCUGUAUUUGCAGGCCUCGGAUUUAUUUGGGUUGCUCAGUUUGACAUUGUAUAGUUUUUUGUUGGUUGUUUGUUGUAACUCAUGGCCUCAAACUUUUUGUUAGGUAGCUCUUUUAUUG